ACGACAAGAAAGAAGCAAGAUUCAUUAUUUCCAGCUAUGACACUGUUAGAUCAUAACGUAUUCCACCCAACUGCUGACGUCAACGCUUUAUACACCCUCCCCGUAAAAAGAAGGAAGAAGCAGAUUUUAAAGACAUUCGCUACACCAAGAGAGUCUGGGAACUGGUCGAAUUAUGACGAGAUUGGUGCAUUAAUUGAAGGCGUUUACGAAGUUAAAGAAAAUUCCUCUAUAGAUCAGUAUGAAAGGAAUUUUGUGAAUACAGAUAGUUAUAGUAAAGUCGAUUUUCGAUUUUUUUCACCUGCGUUAGUUCAAGACGGUCCGUAUGAAAUUAUAGGUUGUAAGACCAACUUUUGUAGUUAUCGUGAUGAUAAAUUUGCUGAGAAAGAUAUUAAAAUUGUUAAAACCACGCCUGGAAAAAAUGUAAGCAUCACUCCAGAGGCAAAAAAUCCUUGCUCACAAGCAGUAGAAAAUAGGCCUAAUGUUUCAACGUGUAAACUAAAUAGUAGUAUACGUAUAAAACAACAACGCACCUCAAUGCAACGGGGGAGAAAUCAAAAUAAGGACAAUGUUGUUUUAACGAACACUACCCACGAAUAUGUUACUAUUAUACCCCCUGUUUUAAAACGCUCUUCGCCAGUGUUAUCAGAAAGUCGACGUCUUAAAAAUAAAAACAGCAAUGACAUAAAGGACAAAAGGAAAAUGCAUGAAAAAAUACCGGAGAUCAAUGAUGGUUUAAAUAGUAAUGCCGAGAAAGAUACGGAAAAAGAACAUCACUAUUUUCAAGUGGAGCCAGAACAUGAGGAUGAAAAUGAUGAAUACGAAGAACUGGCUUUACCAGCGUCAGCAGAGAAAGUUGGCGUAAACACUAGUAACAGUGAAACAGUCGAUGUCGAAGUUUUGCUUAGCGAAGAAUAAAAAGGAGAGACAUUAAUGGUUGAUUAAUUCUCAGAUGAUUUUAUUAACAAAACAUUCAAAAGUAGAGACUUUUUAAAAUCUGUUUUUCUCCUAUUAAGUUUUUGAACAACAAGAAACAAACCAUGAGAAAUACGUUUUUCUACUAGAGGACUGUAUAUGAUAACAAUAAAUGACAACAACAACUAGAGCAUAAAGGGCAUGCGUAAACUAUAGAAAAACAAAAACGAAAUUACAAACGCGUUCGCCCCGAAGUACAGCUGCAAAAAAGCAGCCAUUUUUUUAGCAAAAAAGUGUAAAGGCCAAUAUACACAGAAGAAAAAUUAGAAGAAUAACUUGAGUAUAUUAUUAUUCUUCCAUUAUUUCCCCGUGUAUCUUGUCCAAGAAUAAAAAUUCCGGAAUAUUUUAUCGUUAU